AAUGAACAGAUCUGAGUACAAAACUGUACUUCUCGUGACACAACCACACCACGCCACAGCCACAGCUUCUUCCUAAUGGGAACGGGGGGAGCGGGGGGCGGGGCUCCACUUUGAAUGAAACCGUUCCAAGCUAUGAAAAAUUUACGUCGCGUCAUCAUUUUUCCUUCUAGUUUUCCUUCCCUCUGGCCUGGUUUACUCGUCCCCAUGCCGUCAAAAAGAGAAGAAGAUGACGGAUUGUUUUUCUUCCGGUAACCUGUCAGAAGUCAGAACACAUGUGCUUGUCAGUGGAACACCGACUACACCGCAAAGUGCACCAGUAUGUCCUCACAAACUAUGGAAGGAGCUUACGUAUUGUGUGGUUGUUUCAUAAAAGAUUUGGAGAAAUUUACUGUCUAUGGUGUACUCAAAAUGUAUGAAGGAGGUGACAUCGUCAAAGUGAGAAGAACUCCUGACUGUCCAUUUGAGUUGGUUGCAGUACUGGGAAGUGGAGUUACAAAAGAAGAGGCGAGGGCCAAAGCCAACGAAUACCUGACUAGGAUUGGAAGAAUUGAUGGUGUGGAGGACACCACUGACUUGGAGUAUGCAGAGACGCAAGAAAUGGAUUGUGAGUACACAUUCUACAUUAUCCAGAGUGGCACAUGUAAAUACACAGUUUGGUCUGACUUGACUUGUCUUUUCUUUUCGCAGGAUACAACGAACUCUCAACAUGAAGAAACUUGGCCCAUUGUUUAG